AUGUGGGAUGUCAUCUGGACAGAUCCUGAUAUAAAACUGGUGGGAGAGCACAGAGCACGAAAAGAGAAAAAGGGAGCCCACCAGAAAGAAGUCAGGAGUCAGCCGAGACGGCGUUCGGCAUCCACAGCCAGCUCACGCUGGUCAACUGACUCUCCGUUUGCCAUCUUCCGUAGCAGAGGCGCAAAGAAGGCAAACACAUCGUCGUCCAAUGCGCAGAUGGCGUCGUCUGCGUCGUCAGGAGUCGAGUCUCCCAUCAUUGCGUCUCCCAAUCGGUCGCCCAUAUCAAACAUGUUUGAUCAAGGGAGCCGCCGGAGUUCCGGUCGUAUAUCUACCAGCUUCUUGGAACGGCUCAACGGCAUCGACAGCCCUUUGAACACCAGUCCGUUGUUUUCCGAGAGAUCUAUCGAUGACGGGGGAAAGCUGCCGCUGCAUCUUGCAACUGAGGAUUCCCUCUUCUCACCGUUGUCGAUCGAACAUAUAUCAAUUGGUGGCUCGACAUCUGAUGACUUGACAGAAUCAGAAAAGAUGAAGUCUUUGAUGCAGAUAUUUGGGCAAAGUCCAAAAAUGACAGAGGCAGCUGACGACGGCUCUUUUCUGCCCCAAAAAGCUCCAGUCGCUCCUGACGCUUCUGCCGAUAGGCCACUGACACCGCUUUUGGCCUCUGAGAAACAGAAACAGCCUUUAUCACUUUCAUCAUCACCAAUAGCCAGGCCAACACCUCGAUCUCCAGCUAUUCCCAUCCCACUUGUCAACUCCCUCCUCCGUCCGGCAGAUUUCAGCGUCGAAAUGCCCAUCACGCCUAAUAAUCCCGAAGCAUGGACACCCGUUGAGGACUGGGAGCGACCUACUCCUAAGCCAAGUGACGCGUCCAGCCCAUGUCCUCUUCUGCGGGAAUCACCAGAUUCCACCGUCGACGAGAUUGACUACAGCCGGCUACCCCAGAAUGGCGUUGGUAUGAACAAGAGCUUCCGCUGGCUCCGCUUGGCUGUCGUUGAAAUGGCAAACACCAGCGUGCCGGAUAUUCUAUUUCGACUGCAGUCAUUCUGGAAGGUUGUUGCAAAGAAAGAUGUUUCCUUCCUCUUGAGCAAUAGCCCUGAGGUUGAGGAACAGCGAAGGUGGAUGCUCUCGACCAUGAUCCAUAUGGAUCAAGUUCCAGCGAUUAAUGGACCGUUGCAACCACGCCAAGAGACUCCCUUGACGGCUCGCAUGAUAUUGUCCAUAUACGAUUCAGCAGCUACUGUCGCCUACCUCGCCGCGUUAGAACACACGAAGCAGAUAUAUCACGUCUCGCAGCUCUCCAUACCGAAGAGGGAGUUGUUUGCAAAUGUUCAUGUGAUAUCUGUUUCCCAAGUCUCACCUACAGACUUUCCAGUAGCACCUCGCGUUUAUGAAUCAGUUCAUUCUCUGACGUUGCCGUCUCUGUGUCCCUCAGCCUAUUUACCUGGGAUACUCAAUAAUGUCUACAAAUGUCUUAAGAAGAAAGGCUUCCUUCGACUGGUGCUCAUCGAUCCGCUUCCCCGUGCGGGGACCAUGGGUAGGAAAUUGAAGACGUGGAUAGAAGAGCAUCUUCUUCGAAACCUAGCAAAACAAGCCAAGUGUAUGAGUCCCAGUACAGCUUUCCCUCCCCUGCUGGCGGAGGCUGGUCUUCGCGGAGAUGGAAGCACUCUCACAACAACAAAGUUUUAUGCCGUCCCCAGCAGUGCAACGGACACAGAUCCGGAUAUGAUCAAGGAUGUGAUGCAAGCAGAGAACGAAGCAAAGGCCCAGGUUAGAAGUCUGGUUGGACGCAUGCUGUGGAUCGAAGCAUGGGGUUCACAUGUCACUGCUUCUAAAUGGUGGUGGGAUGACCCUGCAUGCGUCGCCGAGUGCCUCGAAUUGGGCACUUUUUGGGAAUAUCACACCGUCAAAGGAGUCAAGGAGGACUAUAAAGUCAAGACAGUGCAAAAGUCCACCGGCAUCGGCGAGUAG